UAAACUUAGGAUUUAGGGUCUUGAAUGCUAAUUGUUUAUGGAUUAUGUUAGUGAAAUUAAACUUUACAUAAAUUUUAAUGUGAUAAAUCUCGCCAAACAUGAAUGAAUUAAACUCUGUCAAGGAUUUGAAUGACUUUAGGAAACAGUUGGAUUCAUUAUCUGACACUCUGAAUUUCUUUAAACCCGAUGAACGAGACAAGGCAAUCAAAAUUCUUCAAGAAUGCAUUGAAGACUGUAAAAACAGUUUUACUUUAGUCGAAGUUGAGUCAGAAGGGAUCAGCAACAAAGUUCAAAACAACGACGGACCCAGCAACUGUCCAAUGUUGAGAAGUGAAAAUUCUAAAUUAGAGAAAAGUAUUGCUUUUGAGGGAUUUGAAUCGAAUGAAGUAUACAAAAGGUCUGCACCUAUAGGAACAGAGUCCGUCAAGCUUCCCGAACAUUCUACACACAAUAGGCCUAGUCAUGUGGAAAAAACAUCUUCAGAUACAAAUGCAGAAGAUUUAAUUUUCAUCAGUGAAGAGAGCGAUUUACAGAGCGAGGACGAUUGUAAAACAUCCCUGAAGUGCCUCAAGUGUGAAAAAAAGUAUGAAAAUAAACGCAAUCUAUUGGAACAUGUACAAUCACAUUCUGGAAAACCCAAGUCGUGCAGUGAUUGCCCCAAGUUGUUUCAAAAUUCGCUAGCGUUCAAAUGCCACAAACAGUUGGGAAUGUGCGUUAAGUCGAGUAAGGUGUUCAAGUGUAAGUUGUGUAAACGUUUGGUUUACGGGGAGAGCCAGUACAAUGCACAUCUCAGUGCGCACAAACGCAACCAGUGCAAGACUUGCGGCGAUCACUUCUCUCGACAGAAACACCUGGAAAUUCACAUUGUCAAUGUUCACAAUGGAGCCAUCAACAAGGAUUUGUUCAGGUGUCACAUUUGUAGCAGACAGUUUACUCAGCGCCGUUCUCUGGUUUAUCACUUGAAGUUGACCCACCCAGGCAGUGAUGUGAUGUGCGAAGUUUGUCUAGAGAUGUUCAAAAACAGCGAAGACUUGGAGACGCACCUCGCCUCACACAAGUUGACCACCUUCACUUGUGACAAGUGUGGACAGACGUUCUCCCGCAGACAGCAGUAUCAGCUGCAUGUUAAAGAGCAUGAGAAGUACAAGUGCAAGAUGUGCAGUGAAGGGUUCUCGUCCAAGAAGGCGGCCGAGGCUCACGCUGCGACGGGACACUCAGUACAAGGUCUGGAGCCUCAGCUGCAAUGCGCACAGUGUGGCCAACUGUUCCUCACACGCAGUCAGCUCAACAAUCAUAUGAUGGAGCACACAGGUGAAAAGAAGCUGUACUGCGAGAAAUGCAAAUUGACCUUCAAACGGCUGUGGAAUUACCGAAACCAUCUUGAGAGCAAUGAACAUCUUCAGGGAGAUGCUCCAAAACAGCUGUUAGCUUGUCCGCAAUGUGGAAAAACGUUCACGAACAAAAACAAUCUGAGAGUUCACAUCAGCCGGGUUCACAAGGCUAAUAAAGAGCACGCUUGUCCCCACUGCGAUUACAAGACCAAGGUGAGGAACAACUUGAAAAGGCACAUUGCCUCGCACACAGAGAAGCCACAAUUUGUUUGUGACAAGUGCGGAGGACAAUUCCACACGAAGGCCUCCUUGCAGGAGCACGACUUGCGACUUCACAACGACAGUAAGGACUUCAGCUGUGAUAAGUGUGGCACGGUGUUUAGCCGAUCCUCCGACCUCAACCGGCAUCUGCUCAACAAACAUUCAGAAGCGGCUUUGUACUCUUGUCACUGCGGCAACAGCUACAAGUCUCUCAGUAAUCUGAAACGUCACCAACUCUUGGGACAUCGACAAGUAGAUAAACCGAAGCGUAUCAAGAAACUGUUUGACGGUAAAACUGGCAAGAAGAAAAAGGAUAAAGUAGAAUCCGCUACGAGUUCAGAGGGAUUACAGCUGUUGGAAAGUCAGGUACAGGAGGUUUCUUCGGUGAUGAACGAAUCAAAUGUGGUUGUUAUGAGUGAUAAUUCGGAACAGUUGUUGCAAGUGUCUUACAGCAUGGACUUUGCUCAAGACAAAUCCCAGGUGGUGUAUACGCAGAGUUUGGACAUGAGCGGUUUGCAAGUGGUCGAUUCUAUGAUUCAAUUGGAAAAUCAUCCCAAACAAAGCUCCAACCUACUGAUAAAUGUGAGAAACCUGUUUGGCCGCAAUGAUUACAUCCUUCCACCGCCCAUUGGGACUUCGAUGGUCAAUAGUUUGGAUAAUACUGUGGCUACAGAUCUGCCAGAUAUUGCCAUAUCUAGUCAAAAGCAAAAUGUGAUUACUGGUUUACAAGAGUAUAUAAUACCAAAUGAGUUGAACUUCCUCAAUGUAUAGAUUGGUCCAUCUUUGUAUCAAUUAAAAUGUAAUUUGUUAUCAUAUUCCAACUGAAUCUUACAAAGUAAUUAUCAAAUGUAUUUAUUUUUGUAUUAUGAAGUAAACAAGAUUUAUAAAAAUGUUCUGCUGCCUUUAGUUUUCAAUUUAACUGCCUAGCCUUGUAGCAUUCUACACAUGACAGUAUUCAAGUUAUUACCAAUAUGGAAUUAGUGUGGUUGUGACUCAUGAAAAAUUAUGAAAUAGUUAUUUGUGUAAAACUAGUGUGCAAAGUGGCACAACACAG